AUGGAAGCAGCAACAGAGACCAUCCGCAACAUAUACGCAAAGAGUGAUGCUCGUGAACGACAACAAAUCCAGGAACAGAUUCGGGACCUGCAGAAGGAUCUUUAUAGCGACUGGGAGAUGACGUUCAGCCUAGCCAUGGCACCUCUCCAGUGGGCUCUUGUCGAUGUCGGUAUCGAUCUCAACAUCUUUACCAUGCUCUCUUCGUCUAUGACACCAAUCACACAUGAUGACUUCAAGCAAACGACGGGCGCAGCGCCGAGUCUACUCGCCCACUUGCUCCGCUCCAUGGCAUCAUUUGGACUUAUAACAGAAGUCGAGAAGAACACCUUCGCAGCAAACCGUACUACACGGGUCUUCGCGAAUCCGCACAUUCGUGGCGCUGCACCACAUCUUUCGAAACUUCACUUACCGGUUAUGCAAGCGCUACCCGGCUACCUGAAGGAGCACAACUACCAAGACAUCACCAACCCUAAGGAUCUGCCGUUUCAUACGGCCAUGAAGACUGAACUGACACCAUUUGAGUGGAUGAAGCGGGAUGGCGAGCAGAUGAAAGCACUCGGCCACAUCAUGGUGCUUGAUUCCGUUGAUAGCUGGGUCUCCUCAUACCCUGCUCAGCAGGUUGUUGGCAACUUUAAGCCCGUGGAUGAAUCUGCGCUCCUGGUUGAUAUUGGUGGAGGUUUCGGUCAGCAUUCUGUCGCAUUCAAGAAGAAGUUUCCUGAACUCCCUGGCCGUAUCGUCGUCCAAGAUGUUCCUUCAACUCUCGCGCACGCACCCAAAGUGGAUGGCAUCGAGUUCCAAGCCCAUGACUUCUUCACUCCACAGCCCGUCCCCUCCGCAAAAUUCUACUAUCUACGCCAUAUUAUGCAUGACUGGACAGAUGAAGACUGUGUUCGCAUUCUUUCAAACAUUAUUCCGGCUAUGGGUUCAGAAUCGCGUAUCCUGAUUGACGAGGUGGUUUUGCCGGAGACCAAGGUGCCUUGGCAGGUCGCCAUGAUGGAUCUUGCGAUGAUGGCGGCGCUGGGCGGCAUCGAACGGAGCAGAGAGGACUGGAUGAAAUUGCUUGAGAGCGCAGGAUUGAAGAUGGUGGAUGUGCAUUGCUAUGACGAUGUGAGGUUCCAUUCUAUCAUGACAGCUGUACCGAAGUGA